AUGCUCCUCAUUUUUAACUUUAAAUACCUCGUUUUAUUUGUGACAGCUGGAGCCUGCGUUUCUGAGAUCGUGAAUGGGAAACUCGUCCAAGUUGGAAAUUGCGAGAAAAACGAUGGGUCCGAUAUCGUCAGACUGAUCAAGAAGAGUCGUGAUGAUAAGAAAAAGGCUGAAAAUAAGUGUGAUGUCACAUACAAGAAAAAAUGCUACCGAAUAGUCGUGUAUGAUAGGCAGAACAUCAAUUUAAACAAAGCUGAAUCAAUCUGCAAAUCAAUGAACGGAAAACUUGCAAAUAUUUACGACCUCAAGCAUUACCAGCUGCUGCGCACUCAUCAACGUUCAAUGAUUCCUGCUGGCCGGUCAGGGAUUGCAACCUGGACCGGGAUGAAGUAUAAGAACAAUCAGCUUUUACUGUCAAGUGGAGAACCCAUCACUAUAGCAAAAGAAGUCUGGUUUUAUACUUUUCCGGAAUCCACUACAUCAAACACAAAAGUUGCUGUUUAUGUCAGAAAAGAAACAGUGCAAGAGCAUCGAGAGAAUCAAUCUGAACUAAAACAACAAUGAAACAAGAACGGUUUUCAAAAACCUUUGAAUCCUUCCACUGCUGACUUAUACAUUGUUCUUUUACUAUUAUUCUAUCAAUAAUCUUAUAAACCAUGCUUUGAAUUGGUCGUCUUGUCUAUUGAAACCUUUUUCUCAGUAAAUAAAUUCAUAGCUGUCUCCAUAUUUUUUCUGUAUAUAACAAAACAUGAUAAUAAAUAUUA